CGAUAAAAAUCUAUAAUUAAUGAGAUCCCUAGUCAUUUCUGCACAUUGUAUUGUAAACAGACGGUCAUCAUGGCGGAGAGCAGCAACUCGGAGGGGAAUCUCCCAUCUCCAAAAAAUGAACAAGGGGUGCAGUUUCAAUUUGGCAACUCUGGUGGAUCUUCUGUUUUAGAAUCACCCGAUACAGAAAAUGCCGUGGAAUAUCAAAUUGUAGCUGCUAUCGAUUUUGGAACAACGUUCAGUGGUUAUGCUUAUUCAUUUGCGUCUAACAAAGAAACUAUACACGUUAACAAAAACUGGGGCCAAACUCAAGGCUUUUUACUUCAUAAAACACCCACUUGUUUGCUAUUAAAACCUGAUGGACAAUUUGAAGCUUUUGGGUUUGAAGCUGUCUCGAGGUACAAUGAUUUACCGGAAGAAGAGGCGUGCAACUAUUAUUAUUUUGAUCGCUUCAAGAUGAAACUUUAUGAUAAUAAGGAAUUGAAUGCAGAUAUAACGAUUAAAGAUGCUAAUGGCAAAUCUCAAUUAGCAGUUGAUGUUUUUGCCAAUUCUUUGAACUUUAUCAAGAAACAUCUGUUACGUGCAGUAGGAGCACAUCUUGGUUGUGAUCCCCAUCCUGAUGCAGUCCGUUGGGUUCUAACAGUUCCUGCUAUUUGGGAUGAAAAUGCCAAACAGUUCAUGAGAGAAGCGGCGCAUAAGGGAGGACUGAUAGACAAACCCAACAGUGACCAGUUAGUCAUCGCCCUUGAACCAGAAGCAGCUUCUUUACAUUGUCGCAAUCUUCCAUCAACAAAUUUUCUAGGCUAUAAAGAAACAAAUUUAGAUAAACCUACAUUUGAACCAGGAGCAAAAUAUUUGGUGGUAGAUGCUGGAGGUGGUACCAUCGAUGUAGUCGCCCACAAAAUCAGAAAAGAUGAACGAAUUAAAGAAUUGUUCAGAGCAACGGGUGGGGCCUGGGGUGGAACCGUUAUAGAUCGCCAAUUCGUACAGCUCUUGAAUAAAAUUUUUGGAGAAGAAUUUAUCAACACAUUCCGGCAAGAUUAUCCAAAAGAUUAUGUGGAACUGAUGCAGGAUUUUGAAAUCAAGAAACGUGGAGAUAGUGAAAGUGUCCGUGUCUCGCUGCCUUAUAAUUUCUGUAAUUUUAAAUAUAAUGGAGUAAGCGUCCAGCAAGCCAUCAAAAAUCAUGCCUCGGACAAUGAUAAUAAUGUUAAAUUUUCGUCUGGAAAACUUGUACUUACCAAUUCAGUGGUGAACAUGUUGUUUUCAGACGCUUUACAGCAAAUUAAUGAUCAUGUUGCACAUUUAUUAGACAAACCUAAAAUGAAGGAAGUUAAGAGUUUAUUCCUGGUAGGAGGUUUCGCCGAAUGCGUUCGACUACAAAACUCCUUAAAAUCUAAAUUUGGUGAUCGAGUCACGGUGCUUAUACCAGAAGAAGCAAGUUUAACGGUUGUUAAAGGUGCUGUGGCAUUUGGUCAUGAUCCCAGCUCAAUCUGCCAGAGAAUCUGUCGAUAUACGUAUGGUGUAGGGUCGUAUCUUCCAUUUGAAGAAGGGCACCGAGAAGACUUGAAGGUCGUUUCAGAUGGUGUCACUUUAUGUAAAAACAUUUUACAACCAUGGGCAGAAGCAGGAGAAACAAUUGGCUUCAAGGAAAUUUGGCGGGAAACCUACACUCCUAUAAUUACCAACCAGAAAGGUAUCAUCUUUGAAUUUUAUCGAUCUCAAAAGAGGAAAGUUCAGUAUACGGAUGAAGAAGGGGUAGAGAAGUGUGGUUGUUUAGUUGUUAAUAUGCCCGAUUUAACGGGAGAUAAAGAGAGAGCUGUAGAUUUAGAGGUUACUUUUGGUGGCACGGAAAUUAAAGUUGUUGGUUUCGAUCACACCAGUGUUACACGUCAAGAGACUUAUAUUGAUUUCCUUACAUCUUAGAUAUAUGUUGUAGUAUUUUGGAGGCAUUUUGUUAUAUAUGUUUUUUAAAUUAAAUAUUCAGGACGAUUGUUAAAUAUGACCCAAAUGUUAAUAUUAACUCGCAGGUGUCCUAUUAUAUGUUUAUGUGAUUUAAUUACAAUUAAAUGUUAAUGGUCGUCGCAUUUAUUUCAUGCCUCACUCUAAUUAGUUAUUCAUAAUAAUUUCGUGAUAAACGACUGCUAUAAUUCCUUGUUUUAAUUGCCACCGGAUAUUUUAACAUAAGAUUUUAAUGCAAAGCUAAAGUCGGCACAUGAAGAAAUUGACAUGUUAUAUAGAUACCCCACAACUGUUCAUAUGGCAUUUGAUGUUUUCAUUUUAUUGUUAUGAAUUAAAUUUUCCAAAUCGAUCCUGUUUCAAUAUUUUUUUUAAGUAAGAAAAAAAAACAAACAAAAAAACAAAACCCCAACCUUAAACCCCAAACAUAUUAUAGAAAAUAGCUUAGAUGUAAUGGUGAUACCUAAAGUUUAUAUAAUAUGUAAAUUUAUUGUGUAUUGUACGGCAGAAACGUGAAAUGUCUUUUCUAAAUGUUUGUCUUGGUAAUUUCUCCGCUGAUAAAAUCCGUUUAUAUAUUAUACGGAGUAUUGACGUCCCCAAAACUGUUGGGUCCAUAGUACAAUGUCAUGUCCGGAAAUAACGCACAGGAAAGAGUUGUCUCAUGGGCUACCGAAAAAACCUGUUUAAUUAUUUCUAGGGUGCGACAAUUUAUUAGCGCAUAAAUACCUCGACUUUCUAUACCACAGGAAAUUGACAUAGUCCGAUGGAAGAACAAAUAAUUUGUGUUGAAACUAAGAAAAUUGAUUUUAAUAAGACAACAGGUGUGAUAUGAAUAUUUCCGACCCUUCUCAAUGUGUAUACACUUCCAUUUAUACAUUCGUACAGGUUGUCAGUUAAACUGUGAUUAUAUGAUGUACCUAUGCACAAGUAUGGUGACCAACAGUUGCCAACGCAAAUCUUUUACAAUUCAUAUGAAAUUUGAUUUCAUGUAUUUUAAACGUAUAAGAUAACUAACAGUUCAAAGACUUUCGAUUGUAGUGUGAAUAGAGACGAUACCCUUACUAUAGAAAAUAUAAAAUAUUGAAAUUUAGUAUAAAUUUUCGUUGGCAACAGUGGUCCACCAUACAUCAGAUACGUUGCUAUAUAUAAUAUUAUAUAUUGUGCAUGUUGCUGGUUAUUUUCUCUAUGAUUAAACAGCUUACUGGUAUAUUAAAAAUCUUUA